AUGAGCGAGUCAACCCGCCUGAAAAGCACCGUCUACGUCGGCAGCCUCGACCAGGCCGUCACCGCGCAGACACUGACAGAGGCUUUCCUGCCCUUUGGCGAGGUUGUCGAUAUCUCGCUGCCCAAGCCCGACUUGCCGUCGUCGACAGAUAACCACAGGGGGUUUGGAUACGUGGAAUUCGAAGUGCCCCAGGAUGCCAAGGAGGCGAUCGACAACAUGGACCAGAGCGAGCUGUAUGGGCGCAUUAUAAAAGUUGCUGCCGCAAAGCCGCAACGAGACGCAAACGAGGGGCUUGGAAGCAAGACUGCUAUUUGGGAACAGGAGGGCUACUUGGCGAAACAUGCCGUGAGCGAGGAAGACAGAAAUGGAGCAGAAGAGGCCAGUCUAGUGACCAAUGGUCGACCUGAAGAUCCUAUGCAGGGCCUCGAAGGCCUCGACGUUGCAGGGCCAAAGCCGGAAUAA